AUGGCUGAGCGUCUCACCCUUCGCAAGCGUAACCCCUACAACACCCGGUCGAACCGCCGGCGCGUUGUGAAGACGCCUAGCGGGCAUCUGCGCUACCUUCACUUGAAGAAGUUGCCUACUGCCCCCAAGUGCGGUGACUGUCACACCAAGCUCCAGGGCAUCAAGGCUAUGCGUCCUCGUGCAUACGCCACGCUCUCUAAGCGUGACAAGACAGUCCAGCGCGCCUACGGUGGUAGCCGCUGCGCUGACUGUGUUCGCACUCGGUAUGUAUCGUCUUUAUGUGCAUCAGUGUGA